GCCACCUUUACUUAACAUCUCAUUUGCGAAAGAAAGAAAAUACACCAUUCUUUUUUCUUAUAAAAAGGAGUGGAGAGAAUGAUACACAAAGCAAAAUAUUCAUAACUCAAUCAAAGCAAGGUAACUCAUCGAUUCAUCAAUGUCAAAGCAAAGGUUGGAGGGUAAGGUUGCUAUAGUGACAGGAGGAGCAAGCGGAAUAGGAGAAGACACAGUCAAGACAUUUGUCAAAAACGGAGCAUUCGUAGUGAUAGCAGACAUCAACGACGAAUUAGGCCACCAAGUCGCAACUUCAAUUGGCUUAGAAAAAGUGAGUUACCACCACUGUGACGUGAGAGAUGAAAAACAAGUUGAACAAACUGUUUCCUUCACGUUGGAGAAAUACGGAACCCUAGACAUCAUGUUCAGCAACGCUGGAAUUCCAGGUCCUAUGUCUAGCAUACUAGAAUUCGAUUUGAACGAAUUCGACAACACCAUGGCUGUGAAUAUUCGAGGCGUGGCUGCAACUAUCAAACAUGCUGCACGUGUCAUGGUGGAUCGAAAAAUCCGAGGAUCGAUAAUAUGUACAGCUAGUGUGGCUGCCACUGUGGCCGGUGGUGGUGGUCAUGAUUAUGUUACAUCCAAACACGGUCUUAUAGGACUUGUACGUUCAACAUGCAGUGAGCUUGGAGCUUAUGGGAUUAGAGUGAAUGCUAUUUCACCGUAUUUGGUUGCAACACCUCUUGUAUGUAGGACACUUGGUAAGGAGCAGGGUGAAGUUGAAGGUAAUGCAAAUGAUUGUGGUAAUUUGAAAGGAGUUACAUUGAAGGGUAAGCAUAUUGCAGAAGCUGCUUUGUUUCUUGCUUCUGAUGAAUCUGCUUAUAUUAGUGGACACAAUUUGGUGGUUGAUGGUGGCUUUUCUGUUAUUAAUAAUUCUUUUACUAGUAUUAUUGAAAAAUAGAUUUGUGAUGUACUUACUGCCAAAUUAUCUUAUCUUUGACAAAGUAAUACUAGUGGGUAUGGUGAGAGUGACCAGUUGCGUAUUCAGGAUGAUAUGUCUAAAGCAUGUGCAAUGCAUGUGCUUGUGUUCCUUGAUGUAACUCAUAAGAAUUGUCUAGGAGUUUGAAGGUUAUCUAUUCUAUCACAAAAAAUUAGAUACUUACGUUCUACCAA